AUGAUAAGGAACGACAAAAUAUUGAUAGACGGGGAUUUCGAAACUGAGCUACGUCGUCAUGCCGAACAGGGCGGAAAAUAUAUAAAAGAUAUCACAUUACAUGCCCUCAAGAAUAAUCAGAGUGCCAUAUACCAAACUCAUUUGGCUUAUUUGCGCGCUGGCGCUCAAAUAAUAAGAACAAACACAUAUCGCGCGUCCCUAAGUGAUGUUUUAACACAUUUAGAUGUCGAACCGGGUGGUUAUUUACCACUGAUAGACGACUCCGUUAAAUUGGCUAAACAGGCCGUGGUAAAGUACGCUGAGGAAAAUGGAUACGAUAUAAACAGUACAUAUUACCAGAAGAGCCUAAAACCUUUAAUAGCAGGCUCCUGCGGCAGUUACUUGAUUUCGUUUCUUGAGAAUAUGGGUAACAAAUGGUACGUAACAUUGGAUGUCGUGCGUGAUUUAUCGGUAAUGGAAAUGAUAAAUUUUCACGAACCCCGUAUGAAAACAUUAUUGGACGCUAAUGUCGACCUAUUGGCAUUUGAGUCUAUACCUACUAUAAAUGAGAUUCAGGCUAUAUUGAAGUUGUUAACGCAAUAUUCACAAGCCCGCGCUUGUCUCUCGUUUUUAUGUUCGGUGGAUGGAAAAGUGGACGGCUAUGAUCUUGCAGAUAUAAUUCGGAUGUGUCAGCGUACGCUGCCCGAGCGAAUUAUCGCGUUCGGUAUCGAAUGCGUCGAACCGGUAGUAAAUCCAUUUUUGGAAAUGAAUUUGAAUCAAACUAUUCCGCUUUUGUUAUAUGGUGGCAAAAAUGAAAUAUAUCCUGUGCAGAGGACUAGUGCAUCUGAUAACCGUCGGGUUUGUAAUUAUGUAUGGGAGUGGUUACAAUGCGGAAUAUGUUAUAUUGGCGGUGGUAUCGGCACAGACGCGGAGGACAUAAAACGGAUUAAAAGACUUAUACAAAUUCGUGAAGGAGCGCUCUCGGGCGGGCCCUCCGUUUCUAGUAAUCCAUGCUCCAACCGAAAUAACGAAAAUCUAUCCAAACUAUGA